AUGUCGAAGCGAAAUGGCACGAGGCUGAAAAAGCACUCCAAAUCUCAAUCACCGGACCUAGAACCUCACAAGGUUAAGCAAAAUGAAACGCAAGGUCAACCUCAGAAACAAAACCAAAAAAAACAAACAGACAAGCCGGCGACAGCUGCAAAGUUUUCCCUGCUGCAGUCGAGAUUGACCCUGGCCAACGCUAGCAUAUUGAAAGACUCGCCAGUUUAUGAUUUGCUCCAUUAUUUCGAAAAAGCUCCAGAUCAAUGGGCGGCAAGGUACAUUCUCAUUUUCUCGGCCGUCAUUUUGCGCACGGCCGUGGGGCUAGGUGGCCAUUCGGGCUACGCCACACCGCCCAUGUAUGGAGAUUUUGAAGCGCAAAGACACUGGAUGGAGAUUACAAACCAUUUACCGGUCAGUCAGUGGUACUUUUACGACUUGCAGUAUUGGGGGUUGGAUUACCCGCCGUUGACUGCUUAUCAUAGCUGGUUCUUGGGUAAAAUUGGCAAAUUCAUCGAUGCAGCGUGGUUUGCAUUGGGUUCAAGCCGAGGACUCGAGUCUCGCGAUUUGAUUUUCUUCAUGCGGUUGACUAGUAUAGCAAGCGAGUUGCUCUUUCACAUCCCUGCAGUAUUGAUUUUGGCCAACUUGUUGGGCAAAAAGUUCCACUUGUCGAGAAUGGAUCAGGUCCUUGUGGCAUUGGUGAUUUUGAAUCAGCCGGCCUUGGUGUUGGUUGACCAUGGACAUUUCCAGUACAACUCGGUGAUGUUGGGGCUUUUUCUUUAUGCGGUGAUUGAAUUGAUCAACAACAAUUUGGUCAUGGCCAGCAUAUGGUUUGUCAGCUGCAUCAAUUUCAAACAAAUGGGGCUUUACUACGCCGUGUUUAUCUUUGUUUACAUACUCAGCCAAUUGCAAAGCUUCAAGACCUUGGUUUCAGUCGGGGCAACAGUGAUCAUCACUCAGACCAUCUACCUCUUGCCGUUUCUUUUUGUCGAACACCCCUUGGACGCAGUGCAACAAAUAGUCGUACGUGUUUUCCCAUUCAACAGGGGCUUGUUUGAAGAUAAAGUGGCUAAUUUCUGGUGCACAACCAACGUGGUGAUCAAAUACCGUGAAAUCAUUGAUUCAUCGCAACUAUCAAAACUAGCACUAUUGGCAACACUUUUAUCCAUCCUUCCCAUAAACACCUACAUCUUCUACAAGCUCAAAAAGGCAACAGCAGGCAAGGCCAACUCCACCAUCAAACCAAGAGCGAUAAUCUAUGGAUUCGCAUACAACGCCUUGUCCUUUUACUUAUUUUCCUACCAAGUACAUGAGAAAUCGAUACUUGUCCCAUUGUGCCCGGUACUCUUGCUAUUGUUCAUUGACCCCGGUGAUAUCACCAUUAUCCAAUGGUUCAGUAACGUCGCGGUGUUCAGCAUGUACCCGCUCUUGCACCGGGACGGUCUCACGUUGCAUUACUUUGUACUUUUGUUUUUGAUCAAUUGGCUCAUUGGGUUCAAGCUUGUCAUUCCGAAACAGUUCAACUUGAACUCGGUAGUCAUGACCGUGACGUAUUUAGCUAUGAUUGCCUACCAUGUGCUUGACUUUGGAGUUGAUCCUCCAGCGAAAUACCCUGACCUUUGGGUGAUUCUAGACACUGCAAUUGCAUUUGCUGCCUUUGGCUAUUUCUGGCUUUGGCUUACGUAUGGAAUCUACAAAUUAUAA